UUCCGUUAGUUGGUAGGAGCAGACUGUCAGAGAAGGCGACAAUGUGCAAGUGCUCGGCUGCAUUUUAUAUUACUCUAGGUUUUGUAUUUCUCUGGACAACUGAAGUAUCAACAGGAUCCUGUAACUGCGGUCAUGACAAUUUGAACUUAUUGAGAAAAAAAUGUAACAACACUGAAGGAGUCUAUGAUUUGACAUGCUAUAUAAAAUAUAAAAACCCAUUUGUGUCCUUCUGCGAAUGGAAAGGAGAUGUAUCAACCUCAUACACACUGUACACACAACAGAGGAGAUGUAGUUGUGUAAAUGUAAAUCAGAAGAAUGGAAUUUGGACUUCUGAUGACUUUAGGGUUGUCUCAGGUUGGAAUGUGACAGCUCACGUUUUUGCAAGCAGUGGAUAUCUGCCCUGGUGCACCUACAAAAACUUCAGUGGAAUUCCAUCCGAUAUUAUGCUGUGUGGUCCUCAUUCAAAACUAACUUACAAAAGAAGCUCAGGCCACCUGAAUGUGCAGGUGGAGUGGGGAGAUGGAAGAGAACAUAUUAAAAACUUCUUUGUAGAGUACAAAAAGUUCAACACUUCUUGCUGGAAAGAGCAACAGUCUAAGAACAACACAGAAUGCGUUUUGUGGAAUCUGACAACCUCUCUGCCUUACGACUUGCGAAUACGUUGUGUUCCCACUGAAAAGUGUGUGCAUUGUCCUCGCAGUGAGGUCAUUGUAGUUCCACCGGAACUAACAGGUGCACCAUCAAUCAAGUUGGAGAUUGAAGACCAUAUACAAAAUCAUUUUAUAUCACAAGGACAGAGAAAAGCAGUCAUGAAGUGGGAGUAUGCAGACAGUGGGUCUGUGUCUUACUAUAACGUGACAGUGAAGAAAGUAUCAGGGGAACAGUGCAAUCAGGACAGUUUCAGAACUGAAGAUUUAUCACUCACCCUGAUCCUGUCUUACUCGGCAUACAACAUCAGCAUCAGGGCUGUAAACAGUGCCGGGUCUUCUUCUGUUUCCAGUAUAACCACUGAACAUAUAAAUGAAUGGAAGGAUGUGUUUCGGCCAUUCGGUGUCAACAUAACCUGCAACAACAGCUUUAGCCUGUACUGGAACAGGUCUGUCUCAAGUGUGUGUUUCUCUGUGGAGUGGUGGGCCAAAGGACAGAUCCCGAAUUUUUGUUCAUUCUACGAAAAGCAGACACACAAAGAAAUAACUUGGAAAGCUGAAAGAAUAUUUCAGCCACAUACAAGAUAUUAUUUUGUCCUGUACACCAGACCGUACCUAGACACCUGCAACGUGAAGAAUGUAAACAACAGUGAGACAACGUAUGGCACAGCCGAAGCUUACUUCACUGAAGGAAGCCCUGUCGCUGCUCCUGGGUAUGUGAGCAUUUUGAAUAUUACCCAGCAUUCUUCAGUAAUCACAUGGUUCCCCGUGUCUGAGGAGGACCUUCGUGGAUUUCUAUUAGGCUACUACAUCUACUUGACAUGGGAAAAUAAUGAAACAACCUUCACAGUGGAUUCCAGUUCAAACAGUUAUGAGCUGCAGAAUCUUGAAAGCAACAGUGCGUACCGUGUUCAGCUGUCUGCCUUUACAGCAGCUGGGGAAGGAGAGCGGAGUGAUUUUAAACACUUCGACACACACCAGCUAGAAUUCACAGCUUUGAACAGCAUAAUCGCUGCGGUCAUUGUGGGAAUAAUAAUUCUUUUACUGGCAGUUCACCUCAGCUGUCGACUUCUGCACAGAGCCAAGAAACUACUGUGGCCGAGUAUACCAAAUCCUGAGAACAGCAACGCUGUUCAGAAAAUUGAAAUUGCCUAUGAAUUGGGUAUCCUUGAGCCAUUGAACAGACAGCGGUUAGAGGAAAGUGAGGGAUGUGAUCCAAGUACAGUGUGUGUCUUUGGGAAAAAGAUGGAAGCAUCUCCUCUCUGUAGCCCUCCCACUGCUCGGGUUUGUGUGCCAGCCACCUUUCUUGAAGAUGAGCACAGCCCAUUCAUACCGGAGCAGACUGCACCACCUGACACCCCGGAACAAGUCCCCAACAAUGAGUCCGAUUCCAAAGGGACCUUCUCUAUAGACUUUAAGACAGACCCCCCUUUGAACACCUCUGUUGAUAAAGAAAUCACAAACUUUGAAAGCAAAGAACCUGGAGAGACCAUCUCCAACCCGACAGGAUCAGACUUCACCCCAGCAUCUCAGCCUGCAGUAGUUUUCAUGAGCGAUUACACUACCAUGGAGAUCUUCCAGCAGGUCACUAUGGCUGGGAUUCAGGGUCCAUCCAUACAAACAGUGAAACCUGGAUUAGUUCCUGUACAUCCAGGGCAGGAUUAUGUUCGCCAGUCCUAUUUUUCGCAAGAAACAGUCCAGUAACCCACCAGGGGAAUGUAAUGGUACUAAAUUAUUGAACCCAGAAAUCACAGUGCUUUGAGUUGCUUUUAUCUGGUGAUUUAGAGGACACUUACUGUACAGACACAAAAUACCUCUGGAGCACCCUGAGAUUAGGAGCCUCAUUUAAGGGUACAACAAUCAUUUCCCUGUUGCUGACUUAACUUUAGGCUUUAGUCAACAUCUAUUAAAAAAAUGCAAUAUGCCACUUCUAUUGAGAGUAAAUUAGACCAAGGUACCUGAAUUCUACCUCUGCAGCACCAGUGUUCAUGACAGAGACCACUACAUCAAUUAUAUAUUUAUACAUAUAAUAUGUAGAUAUAUAGCUAUUUUUUUACCUAAUCAAAAUAAACCAACUGCAGUUUGACUGAGAUUAAGUCACAGCAGAGUCAAACAGGAUAAUAUGGUAGAACGCUCGGUAAGAACUGGCAAUAUUUUGCAUUGAGUUCAUGAAGACCCUUUGCCUAUAAAGGCCUCCCAACAGGAAAUGAUUGUAGAAGAAGAAGAGGGAUGAGUACUGCUAGAACUCCGGUGAAGGCUCCCUCUGCUGGCUGUGCAUUAGGAAUGCACAAUGAAUUGUUUCUAAUUUCUAAAAAUGUUAUCUGUUUUGAGUUAUCUGUUUUGGAAAAUACACUCUUAUAAAAUAAUAAAACUACAUGAUUUACAUGUAAA